UAGGCAGGCAAGCUAGAAAGGACGCGCAUGCGCAUGCCAUGUCUCGACACCAGGGGCUCGUUUGAGAAGAGGGUUUAGUAAUGCGCCAUGGCACGCCCUCGUAGAUUGCGUGAAGUAUGACCACCCCUGCGUUGUCCUAUCCUGGGAAAUAACUGGUUGCACUUACCGUACAAGACAGGCGACAAUGGCCAUGAAAGAAACAGCUGGACCCCACUUUACGAUGUCGAGUGGCAGUUGCAGCGUGGACCUGGGUACAAGCAGUGCAGCCACUGAUCUAAACCAUGGCAGAGUUCCCGAAGAAACCAGGGAAGCAGCGUGGCACCAGCGAGAGAACCAGGCUGCCGACAGAAUCCAAGUGUGCCGUGUUUGCCGCUUCGCUUUCACCGACAGGGAAGCCUUCCAAAAGCACGCCGCUGACCACUUGCUUGGGAAAAACAAGAACUGUCCCGAGUGCGGUAAAUUGUUUAUGGCGUCGUGGCUCCUCACGAGGCAUUUACUUUCGCACGGCGAACCAACCUUUGAGUGCGGCUUGUGCGGCCAAAAAUUUUAUAGAAAAGAUGGCCUCAAGAACCACAUGCUUGUAUGGCACGUCGGUUCACAGGACUGAGAAGGCGUCGAAGGGUCUUCUUAGCACGGCAGCACGCGCCACGAAAUUGGUCGAGCAGGUAGUGAAGCACCGUCGCACGUGACGGUGGCAUCGGCAUCGCUACAGCCAGAUGUUCGCCCUGGAAGAGUGACUUCCCUGGAUGUCACCCUGGCGCCAAGAUACAUCGUGUGCUUUCGCAGAAGAACUUGCGGUCUGGGCCUCAGCUGUUCUAGUUCUGCGGUAACUUCCUGACAAACAAAACUGGGCUAAUCUUAUUCCUUCUGACUAGGGCUGAACAAUGCCUGCGAAUAAAGUUCUUACAUUGGUUAUCUCGAGAAAUAGUGUGCGUCAGCUCUGAGGUUUUCUUCGAAGAACGCACCCGUUCUUCGCACUCCUCUAGCCGUGGUUAAAUAAUUUUUGUCUCUUGGAUUGAACAAAACAAGGAGCUAACUUUCUUGGAAAAAAAUAGUAGUAAGGAUAUUUACAGUAGCGUUCUUAAUAGGGAAGUUGAGUAAAGUGCCGUCCUAAUAUAGUCGAGCCUUGCUGGUAACGUUAUCAAUAGUUCUAGUGCCCUGCAUUGGGUGCAAUCAAAACUCUUAAAAUUGGUACGCAUUUGUUCAAUGGUGGAAGCUCAAGACUGUGCCCGGAAAAACGCGAUGGUGAUAGCGGAAAUAAAGCUGCACCAGUCGGCUUAGCUGGUGCAUGGAAACAUUGCUGCGGCUAAUGAUUGGACUUUAAUGAUGAUGCUUUUCUGCUAUUCUCUGAAAAAUGCCUGCGAAUAAAUUUGUUACACUGGUUAUGUUGA